AUGUACGAAGUGUAUGACAACCUGAAAUUUCUUUAUGACCGUGCCGGGAAGAAUUUCUCCGGCGGUCCUUCUGCAGCACAGGAUGUGCCCCGUCGUACUGCUCAACCAGACCCAGUACGUCGAUCAUCAGUUGGUAGCGGGGCUCCCAAGUAUCCCAGGACGGGGGGAAACCGCGCCACCGGACGAGGUAACUCGUCCGACGUCCGUUCACAUUGCAUUGGUUCAACAGCCGCUCAAUCAGAUAGCGCUGGCCACCGCGAGAGUCCUCCAAAGAAGGUGGUAAAGGAGGGAAGACGCUCUUCAAGCUAUCGUGGGGGAGCGUGUAUCUCCGAGAGCUUCUUUGAUCGCGUAACUCUUGCGUACCGCGGCGACCUCGAGCAUGGGCGGGACAUGCGUCUUCAACUGGCGGACACUGUCUUGAAGCAUCGAGCUGAGUUUGCUUUUGCUCAGCUUGAGAACGAGAGAGCUUUGACAUAUCUGCGUGACAAGCUAAGGGUAACUCGUGUGGAUAUUGACCGGUCUCGGGCUGAGAUAACUGCUCUUCAGACCCUUGUUGAUAUCCACCAUCGGGAGCACAAGGCUUUCUGCGAGAUGCUUGAACGCAAGGGCGUUCUUCAUCGGAAGAAGCAGUAUACUGAUGGUACGGCUUCAGCCGACCAACGUAAAACGUGGGAUGCGUUCGCAUCUUACGUGGCAGUUUGA